AAGUCGAUCAGCAAUCGACUCAGAAUGUUGCAAUCUGGAGCACUGCAGAAUCUGGGGCUCAUCCUUGUGGUCUACUACACGGGUUGGAUACUUUAUGCGAGGUGGCUCCAUCCCUUGGCCCGAUUUCCUGGACCUCCCUUGGCCUCGAUCUCUCGACUAUGGGUCAUCCUGCAUGUCGCCCGAGGGAAUGCAGUAGCUGAGCAGAGAGAGCUGCAUCGCAAAUACGGAGCUAUCGUUCGCAUCGCACCAAACGAGCUCAUUAUCAACGAUGCGCGAUCGUUGAAGACGAUCUACGGGUUCAAUUCGGGAUUCACCAAAACCGAUUUCUACCUGCCUUUCCGUUCCCCUUUUGCACGAUAUCCUGACCACUUCAGCGCGAUCGAUGAGCAGUUGCAUGCCAAGAGGCGACGGAUUGUGAACCAGAUGUACUCGAUGACCAAAGUUCUACAGGCAGAGAAGUAUGUAGAUAAUUGCAUGGAUCACCUGCUCGAGAAGUUCGAGGAGCUCGCCCAACAGGGUGCCACGAUCGACUUCUAUCAGUGGGCUCGGAUGUAUGCAUACGAUGUUGUUGGGGAGUUCUUCUUUGGUCGACCUUUCGGUUUGCUUCAGAAAGGACAUGACUUCCUGGGCUACACGACAGCCACAGAUUUUCUUAUCCCCGUCAUGGCGGUGGCUGGCGUCAUGCCCUCUUAUGUUCGAUCACUUUUCAUGCUUGGGGGCCUUAUUUUCAGCCGGACGAGAAAAGCUUUCAAGGCAUUGGAGCAGCUUGCACACGCAGCCGACGUCGCGGUCGAAGAGCGUAUGGAUAAUACAAAAAAGAUAGACGGACUUCCAUGGCACCCUGACCUCCUCAGCCGGGUCUUUGAAAUCUACUACCGAGAAGGAGAGGCCUUAGACUAUAAGGUGAUCGAUGUGAAAAUGGAGGCUUUUGGCGCUUUCUUUGGUGGAAGUGAUACGACGGCUAUAUCAAUGGCGAGUAUCAUUUUUUAUAUCCUGAGAGACAGGGAAAUCUACGGGAAGGUGCUUGAUGAGAUCGAUACUGCGACUUCCAAGGGAGCUCUGAGCGUGCCGCAUAUUGCUUACCGCGAGGCCGUGAAGUUGCCGUUCCUUAGUGCAUGCAUCAAAGAAGCCAUGAGAGUCCACCCUAGCACAGGACUGACACUUCCACGGCUUACACCCAAGGAAGGAAGCCUGAUAUCUGGCUACAGGGUUCCCGGAGGUGCUCGGAUCGGUGCGAAUGCUGUUAUUGUUCAAUCGGAUAAAUCUGUAUUCGGGGGAGAUGCAGAUGAGUUCCGGCCAGAACGAUGGCUGCAUUCAGGGGCUGAUGGUUUAGCGCAAUAUAGUCUUCAAUUCGGGGCGGGCUCUAGAACCUGCAUGGGGAAGCAUAUUGCCAUGUGCGAGAUCUACAAAGUGAUACCACAAAUUCUUCGAACCUACCAUCUAGAGCUUGACUCGCCGGUCAAGCCCAGCCUUCGAACGACAGACUACUGGUUCCAUAAACCGAUCGAUCUCAAUCUCAAAUUGCGGCGACGAGAGGUUCGAUGCCCUAAUUAGAUUCACUGAAAAGCUUGUAUGAGUGGCUACAAACGCACGCUGGAAUUCGACAAGAUCUAAACGCUUCCCUCCCACUUGAACUUCUUGAUGUCUUCAAUUUUGACCUCGUUGAUCUCGAAGACC